CGCAGCUGAAUAACAAUGCCGGAACACAGUCCAGCGCCGACUCCACAUAGAGCAAUCUAUGGUUUUGCUUUUUAUAUACUUUUUACUGUGCUAUUCUUUGUUUAUGUGGCAUGGGCUUUUCUGCCCGUGGAACUGGGCCUACACUCCUAUUUACCGGACAAAUACUUUGCAGUAUUCGUACCGGUAUUGGUUAUGGUUUGUGCGUUCUUUGCCGUCAUCAUCUAUCCGGCCAUUAACCUUUCAUUGACUCCCGAUAUCGAUUCAAUUGCCUCGGUUGUGGAUCUUAAUCUGGUGCUGCCCAAAGGCGCGAAGUUCACCUCCUGGUCACAGUUACAAAGUAAACGCUCUGAAGCUACGCCGAAGCGGAAUCCAUCACCAGCAGAAAACCUGUGCAAUCUGUGCAAAACAGAGCACGUGGCAAAGACUCGCUCACCCAUAUCUCCACUUCGAUUUCUAGACUUACAAGAAGUAAACGCCACAUAUUACAACUAACAAAUUAGUUUUUAA